CCAGAAAGUUGCAGAGUGAGCACCGAGCCAAGUGGAUCGCUUAAACCCCGGAGACCAGGAGUUCAUAGCUAUGGAUUUUGCCCAGGAUUCAGUUUCUAAAGCAAUCAUGGCAUUUGGUCUUGAUCUUUACCGUGAGAUGAUCAGAAGCGAUAUGCCCCAAAACAUCUUCUACUCUCCUUUGAGUAUCUCCUGUGCCCUGAGCAUGGUCUUCCUGGGUGCUAAGGGAAAGACUAAAGCACAGAUGGGACAGGUGCUCCACUUUGACAAGACUGUAGAAGGCAGGAGAACCGCUUCCUCAGAGAGAAGAUUGCCCGCAGUUACAUCAGGACUCCAAAGGGAGAAUGACCCUCCCUGUCCAAUGGAUGGAGGAAUCAACUUACAGUUCAAGAACCUCCUUUCUCAACUGAAUAACCUUGGAGAUGGUUACCUGCUGAGUCUCGCAAACAAUUUGUUUGCACAAAGAGGAUAUGAAUUUUUUCAGCAAUAUCUUAUGGAUGCAAAGGACAUCUAUGGAGCAACGCUGCAAACUGUCGAUUUCUACGGCUCCUUAGAGGAUGCCAGGCAGACAAUUAAUGCUGUGAUCGACAAACAGACGCAAGGAAAAAUCAAGGAACUUUUUGCCCCAGGUGUUCUUGAACCAGAAUCUGUCUUGGUGCUGGCGAAUGCCACCUAUUUUAAAGCUACUUGGCAACACCAGUUUGAUCCAAAGCUUACGACAGAAAGAGAAUUUAUGCUGAAUGAGAAUGAAAGUAAACCUGUGCCCAUGAUGUAUCAAAAAGGCAAAUUUAAGUUGGGUCACGCGGCAGGACUGAACGCACAGAUUCUUUGUCUCCCAUAUUCCAGCGAAGUCUUGUCUAUGAUGAUCCUGCUGCCUAAUGACAUUGGCGGUCUGAAGCAGGUUGAACAAGCCAUGAGCAGUGAGAAUUUAGCCCGCUGGACUGCCUCUGAAAACAUGGAGGAGCACCACGUGGAGGUGUGUCUACCCCGGUUCAAGCUCGAGAAGGGCUUUGACCUCAAGUUGGCUUUGGAAAGGCUGGGGAUGGUUGAUGCGUUUAGCAGAACAGCCAACCUCUCUGGGAUGUCUCCCUCAAACCAACUCUACUUGUCCGAAGUGAUCCACAAAGCCUAUGUGGAAGUGAAUGAAGUGGGCACUGAAGCAGCCGCUGCCACAGGCGCUGUGGUUUCCAACAGAUCUUCGGUGCAUUAUGAACAAUUUGUGGCCGAUCACCCGUUUCUCUUCUGUAUCCAGCACAACCCUACCAACACCAUGGUUUUCCUUGGCAAAUUUUGCUCUCCGUAAAGGUCAAGACAGAUUUGCUACCUUAACCUUAUUUUUAAAAGCUGUCUGAUCAAAUGAGAUGUUUGGAUUGUCUCUCUUUCCUUUUGCAAGAAGAACUUUUUGUAUAAUGUCUGUUUUCUUUGUUUCUUUUAAAUAGUUGCAUCCUGCCUUUUCUUCAGACUCAAGGCAGCAAAUGAAGCAUUGUGGUGUAGUGGUUAAGAGCGGCAGACUCUAAUCUGGAGAACCGGGUUU